AUGAGACCGUCACAGAGCCUGGUAAAGGAACACAACACGCCUGGAAGCGAAUUUGUCCAAAUGAACGACAAGGAGCGUAGUGUGGAGAUUCAGAAGCUGAAGGAAAAGCUGUCGAUGCUAGAGAGGUCUUCUGAUCGAGAAUGUCAAGGCACGUCAUACUCGCCUGUACAACCCAACCUCAACGACUCCAAGUCGGGGUCCUACUCUAAUCUUGAGAAGCUCGAGAAUCAGUAUAGCAUGCACCCUGAUCGUGACGAGCAACUCAUCAGGCCUCCCUCCAGAUAUGGAAGCAACUCCAUCGAUCGCGGUGAUUGGAACGAAAACCGCCUCGAUCAUACUGGGUCCUUUGACCGUGGCCAUCGCGACGACACCAAUCGAGAUAUACGGCAACCCGUUGCUACCCAUUCGGGUGUCCAUAGGGGGGGAUACCACCAAAGUUCCUCUACGAGAUCAUUCCAGGGCACCUCCAGUGGUAGAUACAACGCCCACCAUAUACAGAAAAGGCCACACGACAGAACCUCCCAAGACGAAGCGAGGUCGGCGCCGCCUCACGCUCGCGUGGCUCCCGCAGCGGACUCGAGACCCUCCCAGUACCUGAGCAAUGGUGGUCAGAAGCGAAAUAAGGUCUACCACGACACCGACACCCGCCGUCACAAGCCGCCCUUCCAUGGCAAAGUGAAGAUGACAAGCGAGGAAUGGACCCAGAACGAAAUUACUACCUCACAAUUUCUGUACGGUGACCGCUUUAACCCGACUAAUAUCUGCUCCAACUGCGGCCACGCCGGACAUUGGCUCGGCGACUGCGUCUUUCCCGACGACAACGGUACCAUCAUGGGAUGUCCGAUCCACAACACGAAGCUUCACGUCCUCGACGACUGCCCGGACCUGCCGCACAUGAGCUUGCAGCAGCGCGUGACAACCAUCGUCGUACGCAGGCGGAACAAGCCCGCGAUCCGGUCGAGGAAGCCGUGGAUCGAGCUCGUCAAGGAAGCCAUGGGCCAGGGCCUGGAAGAGCUGGUCUGGGCGCCAUCGGUGUGGACGCAGGAGUUUGUGUUGCGCAUGAUUCACAACCGCAAAGCCCUUCAGCCGUGGCUCGACUUCGAUUACGGACAGGACCUCGUGUCUAAGUUGCCCGUCGAUCCGGAGACGCAGGGAGAUCUUAGGUCUUUGCUCCGGAAGUGUUCUUUGUGGGACCAGGUUCAUAAGCCUGUUCGUCAGGCUCGUUGA